AUGAGGAAAAUGUUAAUGGUAAUGGUGACGGUAAUGAUGACGAUAACGAUUACGGUAAUGAUUGUAGUAACUAUUACAGUGAUAGUAAGGGUAACGGUAACGGUGAAGGUGAUAGUAACAUUACGGUAUUACACUAACGGUAAUAGUCACAGCAACGGUCACGGUAAUGGUCACAGUAAUAGUGACGGUGACUAUACUAGUGAUAGUAAUGGUGACCGUAACGGUAACGGUAAUGGUAAUUGUAAUGGUAACGUUGAGGGUGACGAUGAGAGUAAUGGUAAUAGUGACUAUAAUGGUGACGGUAAUAAUUACGAUAAUGGUGAUGGUAACGAUUAUGGUAACAGUUACGAUAAUGGUUACAAUAACGGUUACGGUGAUAGUAACGAUGGCGGUAACAAUCAUGGUAACGAUUAUGGUGACGAUAACGGUAACAGUAAUGGUAAUGAUGACAGUGACAGUAAUAGUAAUGGUAACGAUGAUGCUAAUGGUGUCGGUGACGAUAACGGUAACGGUGAUGUUAACGAUAACAGUGACGGUAAUAAUGACAGUAACGGUAACGGUCAAUGUCAUAGUGACGGUGAUAGUAACGAAGACGGUAACGGUCAUGGUCAUGGUGACAAUAACAUUGAUGAUCACAAUCACGGUACAGAUUACAUUAAUGGUAAUAGUACCGGUAACGAUGACAGUAACAAUAACAGAAAGAGUAACGGUAACAGUAAUGGUGAUGGUAAUGGUCACGAUGACUUUAACGGUGAUGGUAACAGUAACGUGACGAUGACGGUAAUGGUCACAAUGACAAUGAUGGUGGUAACGGUAAUGGUGAUGGUAAAGGUGACGGUAACGGUAAUGGUCACUAUAACGGUUAUGGUGAUAGUAAUGGUAACGGUAACAGUAAAAGUAAUGUUAACGGUAACAAUAACUGUAAUAGUAAGAAAUGGUGCCUGUAAUGAUGACGGUCACGGUGAUGGUAACGAUGAUGGUUAUGGUAAUGGAUACGAUAACGAUCACGGUCAAGGUAACAGUGACAGUUACAGUUACUGUGACGUGACGGUAACGGUGAUCAUAACGGUCACGGUAACGGUGACCAUAACGGUCACAGUAAUGGUGACCAUAAACGGUCACGAUAACGGUGACGAUGAUGGUCACAAUAACGGUGACAAUGACUCCAAUGGUAAUGGUAACGGUAACGGUAACGAUAGUGGUGAUAGUAACGGUGCCACUGACAGUAACAAUGAUAGUGACGGUAACGUAACGGUGACGGUGACAGUAAUUGUUACGGUAAUGGUGACGAUUACAGUUAGGGUCACGAUAACGGUGAUGGUAACAUUGACGAUAAUGGUGAUAAUUACGGUUAUGAUAAUAGCAACGGUAAAUGUAACAGUGACAGUAACGGUGAGUCACGGUAACGGUGAGAGUAACAGUGAUGAUGAUGUCAUAGUGAUGGGAAAGGAAAGGAACAAACAAAUAAGUUUUGAUUAA